AUGGCAGGAUCAAUUACCAAACCAAAGAAACCGAAGUCGAAGCGGGGCACCACUCGCCUACGCCACAAGAUCGAGAAAAAGUCGGCAGCCAAGCAGAGGAAAGAUAGAAAGAACGCCAAGAAGAAUCCAGAAUGGCGCUCCAAGCUGAAGAAGGACCCCGGCAUUCCCAACCUGUUCCCGUACAAGGAGAGGCUGCUGCAGGAGAUUGAGGAGAAGCGGGCGCGAAAGGAAGAGGAGGCACGAAAGCGAAGGGAAGCCGCCAAGGCCGCGAGGACAGGUCAGGUUGAGAAGGCUGCCGAUGAUGGCAUGAACGAUCCUGAGGGCGAUGACGUCGAGCUGGACGACGACAUGAUGGACGAUGACGACGACGACAUCGACGAUGAUGUCGACGAAUCGAACCCCAUGGCGGCCUUGUUGGCGAGCGCGAGACGGGCCGCCGAAGACUACGAACAAGGCCUGCAGAGCGGCGAGGACAUGGACGACGACGACGAUGAAGACGAAGACUCGGAUGACGACGACAAUGAUUCCUCCCCCUCGGGUGCGGUACAGGUCGGAGGCGAUGCGACCUCGCGCAAGGCCUACGACAAGGUGUUCAAGCAAGUCGUCGAGCAGGCUGACGUUAUCCUCUAUGUCCUCGACGCCAGAGACCCAGAGGGCACAAGGUCGAGAGACGUCGAGAGGUCCGUCAUGGCGGCAGCAUCCGACGGCAAGAGGCUCAUCCUCGUGCUCAACAAGAUCGACCUGAUCCCGCCGCCCGUCCUCAAGGCCUGGCUCGCCCACCUCCGCAAGUACUUCCCGACCUUACCUCUCCGCGCCUCCAACGCCGCUGCCAACGCCCACACCUUCAACCACCGCGACCUGACCGUCCAGGGCACGAGCGCCACCCUCUUCCGCGCCCUCAAGGCCUUCGCCGCUGGCCGCGGCCUCAAGCGCGCCAUCUCCGUCGGUGUCAUCGGCUACCCCAACGUCGGCAAGUCGUCCGUCAUCAACGCCCUACUCUCCCGCCUCAGCGGCCGCGGCGGCGCACAUCGUUCCGCCUGCCCCGCCGGCGCCGAGGCCGGCGUCACCACGUCCAUCCGCGCCGUCAAGAUCGAUAGCAAGCUGACCCUCCUGGACUCCCCCGGCAUCGUGUUCCCCUCCACCUCGGACGCCGCCUCCGCCACCUUUGUCCCCAAGAACCCCACCGAAGCCAAGGCCCACCUGGUCCUCCUCAACGCCGUCCCCCCCAGGCACAUUGGCGACCCUCUGCCUGCCGUUCAGCUGCUGCUCAAGAGGCUGUCCACCUCGCCCGACCUCAUGGCUCGCCUGACCGCCGUCUACGACCUCCCGGCACUGCUGCCCAACCCGGACAGUGGCGACGCCACCACCGACUUCUUGGUCCAGGUCGCCCGUAAGCGCGGCCGUCUGGGCAGGGGCGGCGUGCCGAAUAUUCAGGCUGCCGCCAUGACCGUCGUGACGGACUGGAGGGACGGCCGGAUCCAGGGCUGGGUGGACGCGCCCUCCGUCGCCACUGGCGCGGCGCCUGCUGCUGGUGCUGGUGCUGCUGAUGGUACCCCUGCGGUCGCCGGCAUCAAGGCCUCGACCGCCGCGCCCGAGGUGGAGACGGCUGCGGAUCAGAAGCAGAUUGUGACGGAGUGGGCGGCAGAGUUCAAGCUGGAGGGUCUGUGGGGAAAUGAGGAGCCUGCGACCAAGGAGGUGGAGAUGCAGGGUUGA